AUGGAAAGGCCUAUCGGCACCCAGGCUGUGCCAAGCAUCAUCUAUGGAACCGCUUUCAAGGAUGAAGACACGGCGACGUUAGUUGAGAUGGCAUUGAAGACCGGAUUCAGGGCCAUCGACACAUCUGGCAACAGACCUCAGUAUCGAGAAGCGCUGGUCGGCCAAGGCAUCGCUGCAGCCAUCAAAUCUGGCGUUGUGAAACGCAGUGAUCUGUACAUCCAGACCAAAUUCUCGCCGUACAAACCUGGCAAAGACCCCAGCCUGUAUCCGUAUGAUACGUCGGCGAGCAUCCCAGAGCAAGUCCAGCAGUCCGUCUCAUCAUCUUUGGCCAAUCUCGGUGUUGAUUAUGUCGAUUGUCUGGUAUUGCACUCUCUGUAUCCGAAUAUUGCGGAUACGAUCACGGCGUGGAACGCAAUGGAGGCUCUUGUUCCCUCCAAAGCGUCUUCCCUAGGACUGUCCAAUGUUGACGCAAAAUCAUUGAGCGAGAUAUGGGAUGCAGUCACCAUCAAGCCGAACAGCGUCCAGAAUCGCUUUACUGGUGAUACGUCUCCUCAGCCCGAAGCAAAUAUGCCUCCAGGCUUGCCGUAUCCCGCCGUCCCCUACGAUCGAGACGUUCGUAGCAUAUGCGAAAGCCUGGACAUCACAUACGUUCCGUGGGGCUUGCUAUGGGGCAAUCGGGUCAUUAUGGACCGGGAUCCGAAGCAAAUGCUCGAGAAGACCGCGCGAGAGAUUGACAUCUCCAAACAGGUGGUCUGGUACGCUUGUUUGAGAGAUCUUGCCGGCUGCAAAUCGAGUAUUCUCUGUGGAACUACGAAGGAAGAGACGAUGCAGAACACUCUGGCUGGCCUGGCUAAGCUUGAAGACUGUCUUAAAGGGAGCGACAGCAAUAGAAGGAUCUGGGCCGCUUGUGUCGCCUAUAUUGGCUCUAUUGUGAACGAGUCUUGA